GCUUUUCUCACAAGGUGUUAUUUUCUAAUCAUGAAGUAGUGAGUACGGUACAACAAAUGGGCAAGAGGUAUUAUUGUGACUUUUGUGAUAGGUCAUUCGCAGACACGGGUGUAAACAGGAAAAAUCACUUUAAAGGCGUUCAACACCAACGUCUAAAGAAGCAACACUAUGAUUCUUUUCGAGACCCAGCCACCAUUCUUUCUGAUGAUUCUGGAAAAAUGCCCUGCAAACGAUUUCAUGCAGGGCAGUGUGAUUAUGGUGACAGCUGCAAAUUCUCGCACAUGACUCAAGAGAGACGACAGCAGUUACAGAGCAUGGUUGCCCAUCAACAAGCAGAGAAAAAGAGGAAGCUGCAUGAGCAAUUAGCAGAGCCAAGUUUGGAUGAGUGGUUGGAAAAACGGCAAAAACGAUUAAGAAAGGAACAGACACCUGGUGCUCAAGAAGUGUCAGAUGUGACAUAUGAAUUACCUCCCUUCUUGAACAGACCAAACUUACCUCCCUCCCUCCUUCCACCAGCCAGUGAAGAGCUCAAAAAUAAACCCCAGUGUGAGUGGGGUUGAACUGGAAGGAACAAGAUAGGCCCUGACAAAUCAUGAACUUUUGGAGGAAUGGAUUAUGUUCAGAUGUAUUUGUUUGCCAUUUUUUUUAAUACUUCACUUGUUUCUGCAAGCACAAACAGUAUUGCUUAAGUGGCAAUUUAAACUCAUCUUGUGUUGGCAUCACUGCCACUUUUGCAACUUGGAUAAAGUUUUACAUGCAAAGUUUUCUACUGUGCACACCCAUGUAUCUCAGAUAUUAAACUUUGAUGUGGUCGAUUAAAUCAAUGUUCACAGUGAACAGUCAAGAUAAAUACAUAUUUGUGUCUCUUUGGCAGCCUGCUUGCGUUGAGUGAGUCAUAGUUGUUACAAUGGCAGUUCAGUGCCAUGAAAGUUUACCAAAAUGAGAUUGUGUGUCACCCACAAGUCCCAAGUCUGUACCUCAAAUGUCAUGUGCACCCUCAGAGGUCAAAGGCUAAAAUGAUCCUCAUAAGUCCACCAUGAGGAGAUGGCAUGUUGCCCCAUACCCCCAGAUCUGUACCUCAAAGGUCAAGGUCUAGCUUAGAGGUCAAAGGUUGAAAUGAUCCUUGUCCGGGCGGGCUGUAUCUUGAGCAUGCGUUAUAGGAUUUUAAGAAAAAAAAUACCUUGAAGGUAAUAAUUGAUUUAAAUGCAGAAGCAAUAUUUUGUUUUGCAAGUCAUUACUUUGUAACUAUAAACAGAAUUCCUAUCAAACUUGACAGAACUGUAGUGUACCAUUUCAUGAUUGGUCCAUUUCCAUAGAACUUAAUCAGAUAAAAUAAGUCAGUGGCCCUUUUCAAUCACUCAUUGAAUUGAUAGACAGAGCAAUAGGACAGGUUUCUUACGAUUAUGAAAUAUUAAAACAAGAGCAGUCACACACUGCCACACAGACUGCCAAAUCCCCUGUCAGAUUAAGAACAGUAUCAUUUUUGCCUUUUGAAAAAGAAUGGCAAUGAACAGUAACAAAGCGCAAUAACUGAAAUUAAAUACUGCAGCCAGAGUUAUGGUUACUGUGCACUGCACUUCUUCUCCAUAGGAUCUAUCAGUAUAUGCAGUUAGAACCUUAAAGACUUGACAAGUGGUCAGGAUAAAAAAAACAUUCUGCAAAAAAAUACUGCACCCAGAGUUAAGGUCCUUGUGCACUGUACUUUAUCUCAAUGUCAUCAGCCUGUAUAUGAUGUUUGAAGUCAAUACCUCAGACCUUUUUGAGUUAUGCGUCAAACAAAAAAAUAAUUAUGAAAAUUAAUAAAGUGCUGUAACUAAAAAAUACUGCAGCCAGAGUUAUGGUUACUUUGCCCUGUACUUCUCUUAAAUUGGAUAUAUCUGUAUAUGAAGUUUGUAGUCAAUACCUGAAAGACUUGACAGCUCCGAACAAAACAUAUGUAUGAACAUUCACAAAGAGCAAAACCUAAAACAAUACUACAGCCAGAGUUAUGGUUCCUGUUCACUGCACCUUUUCUCAACGAGAUCAAUUUGUUUAAACAGUCGGAAGUCAAUUCCUUAGAUCGUAAAUUGUUUUUAUAAUAGUAUAUUUUGUUUUCAUGAAAUACGAUAAAAGUGUCUCAUGUAACUGC